GAGCUAGCAGUGCUAACCGGUUAGCGGUUAGGGGUUAGCGGUUAGGGUUAGGGUAGCUAAACAGCAAUAUGACUGUGGUAGCUUUCGAGCUAGCAGUGCUAACCGCUAUGCACAUAUCUAUAUACUUCCUGGUAAUAUUAAUGGUUCUGAUAAUGUUAGCCAAGUUAAACACCUAAAGUAAAUGUAACUAGUUACUUCCAGAACCCAAAGCGGGUCAGUGGUUUGGUCCAGCAGAACCACAGUACAGGAAGUGGUUGUACAGGUUCGGCCAUCUUUAGCGGAUUUCUCCUGACUCUGUUGUGUCGGGUUUCCGGCUGGUUCCGUUGCCAUGGAAACGAACCAGAACCAGGCAUGUUCUCCUCCGUGUGGCGCCGCAGGAUGAAGUGAUGGUGACGGGAGCAGCGCGGAGCGGGGAUUACUUCCGGCUCCAGCUGAGCCCCCUGCAGCUGGUGGAGAGCCUCACCUGUCUGUCCCUGAAGCCCCUCCCAGUGGGGAACUACCUGAGCCUGUUCGGCCGCCACCAGGAGCUGCUGGGCCAGCUGCUGGACCGGUACCGCCUGGGCCUGGUGCCCGACCUCUACAGUUUCUUCACACAGAGGGGCUGUCUGCCCAUUUUCCACGACCGCUUCCCGGACCUCCACCAGAGGGCGCUGGAGCUGCUGGCCCAACGGCUCAAGCGCGGCGGAGACCUGGAGUCCCUCAGCCUCCAUCGGCCAAUCAGGAUGGACGCUGAGACCCAGGUCGCUCUGAGGAACCGAGCGCUGGCCUUCCUGGUGGACCACCAGAACCUGCUGCCCAUGUUCUACAUCCCGGAGCGACCCGCACCCUUUGGACACUUCGGCCACUCCCCGGGACACUACGGACACUUCAGACACAACGACCACUCCGGACCGACCGGGACCGACCCGACCGACCCGACUGACCCGACUGACCCGUCCGGACCUGCGGCUCAGAUCUGACCUUCCUGGUUUCACUGGAACUAUUGUCACCUAAAGGCUCAAUAAAAAGCUGUGACCUUUGA